AAGCUUUAGAUCAAACUAGGUUAUCGUCCUUAGUUUUUAACCAGGAAGCAUCCCCAUAAAACACCUUUUUUUCUCUGUAGUGACAUCCCCUUUUGCUCCCUUGAUUUCAUCCUCUAUUUGCUCUCCGGCUUUUUUGUUUUGUUGUUCAGAAUCUACAGCAGAGUGGGUUUUUUUUCCAUGGCUUCUCCACAGAAUACUUCAGAAAAAGGUUUUUUCCAAGCCAACUCUCCAGGAGGCAUGCCAACCGUGAGUCAAUCACAGAGAAGUCUCAUCAUGGCUCAAAUUACACUGAGGUUCUUAGCCAUUACUUCCACUAUGACUGCUAUUCCCGUAAUGAUCACUGCAAAGGAGCCAGUCUCCCUUCUCGGGCUGGCCAUUACACCAAGUUACAAACAAAGUUCUGCCAUGAAGUUUUUACUUGGUGUCAAUGCAACUGUGUUUGCCUUCACUGUGCUGUCAAUGCUCUUUGUUUGGCCUCUCAGGCGCUCAGGAUCAAAGCCUAUCAAUUAUUUUUUUCUUCAUUUGCAUGACAUGGUAAGUGAAUAUAUGUUGAUUUUCUAACACAUGAAUAUAAGCAUAAUUG